ACAUUCGGAAAGUGUCGGAUGGCCGCUGGCUGGAAAGAUGGCGCGACGGUAGGUUGGAGGACAAUUGCACAAAACACUUCAUGAGUUUUUCCAUGGAAUUCGGAGUUCAGUCGAGUUUAUGAUGUACUGAGGUUGGGAGUGUCGUAUUUCGCGCCGCCCGUGUUUACGUCGCGUCGCUACUAACUGUUUUGUCGACUGUGCUCGUGUCCCCGCAAUUGCUUUUGGAUUUUAUUUAUUUUCGCUGUGCCCGAGGAUUCCCCCAUUUCUGCAGAACAUCCCCCGGAAACGUCCCCUGAAAGUCCAGUGAAAAAACGCGGAAAACCUGUUGCAUUUUUUCGUUCCGCUUCCAGUUCUGUUUGUGUCCCUUUUGUGUGUUGUGGAAUAUAACGAGCUCGUCCGCGAAAGUCUGCAGUUGAGGAGGAACCGAGUCUGUGGCCGCCAUCCGAGCCUAGUUUUGCUGGAAAUUCGAAUCCUAAUCGGAAAUUCGUCAAAAGUUGUCGAACUCCUCGCCUGCAAACGGCCUGAAAGGGUGCCUCGCGCGAAAGAGACAGUCGCACGCCCCCUCGUUGCAGCUUGACAAGAAGUCGAUUGCACUCGUCUCCGGCGACGGGCGCGGAAUGCAUCAUUCCGUCGCUUUGUUGUUCUUGCGUCCCACUCUGGCGCGUGCCCGCAAUUAGGUGGCGUCUCGGUCUCGCCUGAAAGGAUUUCCACGGAGAUUUGAUGACCGCGCGCACGCACACAGCAGCAGCCCCGCGACGUCGGAUGCAAGCGGAAGUUGUCGUGGACUUUCGAACGUGACCGGCGACCGGGUCCUUCCCAUUUUGUGACAGUUGACAGGACGACGGGAUGUCAGUUGUAUUGCGGUCAGAGUGAACAAAAAGGAGCGUUUCGCAGCUUGUUGGAAAAUUGUCUCGAAAUUGUGUGUUACUGCGUCUACCGUGCGGUUCGAAAUUGUCCUUUCGGCGUCCAAUUCGUGGAAUACGCUCGAUGCUUUCGGCUUGAGCCCGGCGCAGAAAUUGUUUCAGUUCGUCCGCGACAGUCACGACCUUUUUGUUUUUCAAGUGCGGCAGGUCGGCGACUGCCCGAACUUUCGUGAGAGUUGUGCAAGAAGUGCUAGGAAAAUUGCAGUUUUGAUCCGUCACGCGAAGGAUAUCGACUCCAAACUGAUACCCUCAAGGGUCCCCCGUUCGCUUCUUCUGAAGACCAGCAUCCCUGUCGCCAGCAUCCGCGGCAGCCCCCGUUUCACCCCCGCCGUAACCAGUCCAAUCUCUCAGUCUGUUUCGCAACAGGGAAACGUGGUCGUUCAACUCGUUCCGGUCCGCUCUGCCGGAGAACAUCUUUGGACUGGAGCUCUUCGGCCUCCUGCACGAGCAACUGCUAAGUUGCACCCUUUGCUGCCGCCGUGCCCUGCGUCCCGGUGACGCCGUCGCCGCCGGCAGCAAUAAAAUGGGGGUAGCACGAUCGCGUCCGCUCGGCACGGCGGCAGGGGAUUCCGUGUCCGACGAGAAUGGAUCCAUCCUGACGAGCGGCCUGCAACGGGGCAGCGGGCAAUCGCCACUGUCGCCACAGAACUCGAUCCUGUGGAAGCAGAACAAUCAUGUACGGCAGGCGAGCGUGCGGAGCAGAUCGGCCCAGCCAAUGCCUGAUCCUAGCGAAUUGGAUCGACGUUUUGCGAAAGUUUUGGCCUCCAUGGAUCUACCGCCAGAUAAAGCAAAACUUCUGAAAAAUUACGACGAUGAAAAAAAAUGGGAUAUCAUUUGCGAUCAGGAAAUGGUUCAUGCCAAAGAUCCGCCAUCACACUAUUUGACCAAAUUACGCACAUAUUUAGAUCCAAAAGCAUCCAGAAGUCAUCGUAAACGACGAAUUGUCGGCGAAUCCACAUCCACUCAAGUCCUACGCGAUUUAGAAAUCUCACUACGCACAAACCACAUUGAAUGGGUAAAAGAAUUUCUCGAUGAAAGGAAUCAAGGACUUGAUGCUCUAGUGGACUAUUUAAACUUCCGCCUAUUAAUGAUGCGUCAUGAACAACGUGUACAAGAGGCAAAAUCAGAAUCCGAUGAACGACUGAGUGGAAAUACGUCGCUACUUCAGACGAGCGGUAGUGGAUCGGAUACGAAAAACCAUCACCAUCAUAACCAACAAUCGAAUGGAUUUCUACGACCCUCGCUUGGUGACGUCCUCGAUAGUCCGAGUAUCAAGAGACGAUCACGUCAUAUGGCUAAAUUGAAUAUGGGAGCUUCAACGGAUGAUAUACAUGUUUGUAUCAUGUGCUUGCGAGCGAUCAUGAACAAUAAGUAUGGCUUCAAUAUGGUCAUACAGCAUCGGGAGGCGAUCAAUUGCAUUGCCCUCAGUUUAAUUCAUAAAUCGUUGAGGACGAAAGCUUUGGUUCUAGAAUUGUUAGCGGCUAUAUGUUUAGUGAAAGGUGGCCACGAGAUCAUCCUCUCAUCGUUUGAUAAUUUCAAAGAAAUAUGCCAAGAAACGAGACGUUUCCAAACGUUAAUGGAUUAUUUCAUCAACUAUGAUUGCUUUAAUAUUGACUUUAUGGUUGCUUGUAUGCAAUUUGUAAAUAUUGUUGUACAUUCUGUAGAAGAUAUGAAUUACCGGGUACACCUGCAGUACGAGUUCACAGCGCUCGGAUUAGAUAAAUACCUUGAGAAGCUAAGAUUAACCGAAUCGGAAGAGCUGCAAGUACAAAUCUCAGCCUAUUUGGAUAAUGUAUUUGAUGUGGCCGCGCUAAUGGAAGACUCCGAGACGAAAACAGCUGCAUUGGAACGCGUUCAAGAACUCGAGGAUGAUCUGAGUCGUGCUUUAGAUCGCAAUGCCGAAAUGGAGCGCGAAUUCAUGUGUAAAUUAGCUGAACUGGAAUCAGAGCUAAAUCAAAUCAAGGCUGAGCGUGAUGAUUUGAUGCAAGUGAAACGACAGGCAGAUGAAGAGGUCUCCACGUUGCGAAAGAUAUUAAAACAAAACGAGCAAGAGCUCCGAAAUCGUGAGUCGAUGCUUGAAAGUAAAAACCUCGAGCUUGAGAGUCUUACUAAAUCCUUACCGCGUGGAUUAUCGAAUCACAGUAAUUUGGCGAAUGGUGGUGAUGGAUCCGGACAUGUUUCGCCUGUGAAUGGAGGACAAGCUAGUGCAGCAGCACCACCGCCGCCACCACCACCUCCACCAAAGCCACAGAGUGCUCCAAGUGUCGCACCACCAGUUCCUCCACCGCCGCCGAUGGGUGGUGGCAAUCAAAUGCCUUCUGCACCCAAUGCACCCAAACCGCCUCCAUUCAUGUCAACAUUUGCACCUCCACCACCGGCUGCUGGUUUUAUGCCUGCACCCGAUGGUGCUAUGACCAUCAAGAGGAAAGUUCAAACGAAAUACAAGUUGCCGACAUUGAAUUGGAUUGCAUUGAAACCAAAUCAAGUCCGUGGAACUAUUUUCAAUGAACUCGACGAUGAAAAACUUCAUAAACAAAUCGAUUUUACCGAUUUCGAGGAACGAUUCAAAAUCGGUAUGGUUGGCAAUAUAGCGAAUGGCUCAUCGGAAAUUGAUGGCUUGGCAUCAUUCCCGAGUAAAAGAUUCAAGAAACAGGAAAGUGUUUCUGUUCUUGAACACACGAGAUUACGAAAUAUUGCAAUAUCUCGUCGAAAGCUCGAUAUGCCAAUAACUGAAGUGAUAGCUGCUAUAAAUAAUCUCGAUCUUAAGAAAUUGUCACUGGAGAAUGUUGAAAUUCUACAGAAAAUGGUGCCUACUGAUGCCGAAGUGAAAGCUUAUAAGGAAUACAUUGGUGAAAAGAAAGACCAAAACUUACUAACAGACGAAGACAAGUUUAUGCUACAACUAACAAGAGUGGAAAGGAUAUCGUCCAAAUUACAAAUCAUGAAUUAUAUGGGUAACUUCUUUGACAGUUUGCAUUUAAUCAGUCCGCAAAUUUACGCCAUUACCAACGCAUCUAAUUCCCUCAAAUCGUCACGUAAAUUCAAAGCUGUGCUCGAAAUUGUGCUAGCAUUUGGUAACUACAUGAACAGCAGUAAACGUGGGCCUGCCUACGGAUUCAAACUGCAAAGUUUAGACACAUUACUCGAUACAAAAUCGACUGACAAGCGAAUGUGUUUGUUGCAUUAUAUUGUUGCAACAAUACGACAAAAGUUCCCUGAUCUUUUGAAUUUCGAUACCGAACUUUAUUGUAUCGAUAAAGCGGCUCAAGUAUCGUUGGAAAACGUUAUCACGGACGUGCAUGAGUUGGAAAAGGGAAUGGAAAUGGUGCGCAAGGAAGCCGAUUUGAGAGUGAAAGGCGCUCAAACGCACAUUCUGAAAGAUUUCCUGAAUAAUUCGGAGGAAAAACUGAAAAAGAUUCGAAUAGAUACAAAGAAUGCGCAAGAAGUAUUCAAGGAGUGUGUGGAGUACUUCGGGGAAUCAUCGAGGAAUGCCGAUGCGAAUGCGUUCUUCUCACUGUUGGUGCGAUUUACAAGAGCGUUUAAGGCCACCGACCAAGAAAACGAGCAACGACGUCGGCUUGAACAGGCUGCCGCUCUGGCAGCAAGUAAAAAGGAAACCGACGAAGUGCGAAUGCGAAACAAAGUGAAUAAUCAAAAGAAGCAACAGGAGGCGGUCAUUAAUGAACUCAAAAGUAAGACAAAUGCUGUUCGCGAGAAGAAACUCCUUCAUCAAGACGAGGUUUACAAUGGUGCCUUGGAAGAUAUCCUUCUGGGGCUGAAGAGUGAGCCGUACCGGAGAGCCGAUGCCGUACGACGAAGUCAACGACGUCGAAUUGACAACAAUCGUCUCUCGCGAACGAUGGAAGAAUUGGAUGUAUGAAACUAGGAGUAAAGUCGAUAUACAUGCAAACGUGUAUAAGCGCUAGGAUCAAAGUAAAUUUCAAUCCAAAUUUCCUUGUCCAACGCCAAGUGAUUUUUUUUAUUGAACUGAUAUUUAAAUGCUAACAUAUCGAAACUGAUAUAAAAAUUGAUUUGUUGAAGCGAAGACAACAGUAUACCAAUGCCAUGCAAAGUGGAGUUAUAUAUUAUAUUGUAUUUUUUGUAUAUGUAUUUAAUGUAUUUACAUUCCUCCCGCGAAUAAACAUUAUAUUUUUUAGAAAUCUACGUUCAAAUCGUGCAUAUUUGAAUAUUACUUCGGAAUUACUCUAGAUUUCUUUCGUAUUUAAGCCUUAAAACUGUUUAUAUAUACUCGAAUAUGGAAGUAUCUCUGCAUUUAUUCAAGUUGUUUGUGCAACGGUUCCUUCUGGCAAAUAUUCAUUUUUUCGGGAAUGCUAGAAAGUGAAGGAAACUGCACCGGAAAUAUUUAUAACAAACUUUUUUAUGCAUAACAACUGACUUUAUACAAAGCAUAGAAAGUAUUCUCAAUAUUUUGUAAAUUUUUUUCGUAUAAUAUACAAAAUCUAAGAAAAUUAUGGAAAUUAGCAGAAAAAAUGCUGAAAACAACGCACCAACAUGACUGUAAAGAAAAUUUAUCUCGAGGCCUUGAUAUUCCUUUUUUAUAUGAAAUAUAUUGUAUACAAAAUUUUAGAUUUAUACAAUUUUAUUAGCAGAUCACAGCUUUUCUUCGGUAGGUUUUUUCUAAAAUUCUCGUGUACUCUAAAAUACAGAAUACAAUAUGCAUAUUUAAUGGCAAUUUAUUAUAUACAUUCACCUCAUUUUUUCUAUUGGAAAUAUUCGCAAAAGUAGGAGUAUUCGUAUAUGAUACAGAAAGUCUGCCAUUUUACAUAGAUGUUUAUAGGAAGAUGAAGAGAACGGAUAAGGAUUAAGGAUAUCGUGGUAUUGUUAAACUUAGCAUGUAGUUGUUAUGUUUAUUUUUUGUUUGAAACAUGUAAUUUUCUGCCUGUAAAUAUGGUUGAGCGAAGAUUCGGACGGAUAUCCUUUGUUAGACCCUGCAUUACACAUAUCUGAGUUUAGGUCUUUCCUGAAUAUCUUUUAGUGACAAUUAUCUUUACGAUAGACGUUGUAAAUAUUUAGUUCUAUUACUAUUUAGUUCUUUUCUCUCGAUCACUAAAUUUAAAGAUAUUUACUUUUAUUUCAUUGUUUUUCUUUAAUUUGUAUAGCUCCGUGUUUUUAAGACUAUAUUAUGUAUUUUUAUAGAAACGAAGAGAAAAUGGCAAUUUCAAAAUCUGAUAUAUUUUCUUUCAGAAUGGAGAAGUAGCUUUAUGUUAUGAGAUUUUUGUAAAGUUAUAUUACAUAAACGGAUUAAUAAAAUUAAUGGUAAAACUA